AUGGUCUCAACACCAUCCCACUCUCUUGCUUUCCUUCCUUUCAACGCCAAGCUCCUGGAUGUCACCGCGCCGCCGACACACCACGCAUACUCAACGGUUCCUGCUCUCUCAGACGCCGCACCCAUGAAUCGCUGGUCCUUCGUCAACGAGAUCCUCUCCGAUUACCCCAAGAAGAACACUUGGAAGCAGGUUCAUGCCCUAUCCAACCGCCCGCUCGCCCCAAACCAAACACUAUGGCCAGAAGAUUCGCGCCUUAACAUGGUCCCUGGCAUCGAUCUGCUCGCCCAUAGCCAAGAGAGCCUCGAGAAGGAGCUGGCGGAAAGGUUACCACAUAUCGACGAAGUGACGCACGUAUACUAUCUUGCGUACAAGGCAGGUCUAGAUGUACAAAAGGAGUUGGAAGAGGCAGUGGAGAUGUUCUCCAAGGCUGUGAAAGCCAUGGAUAAACUAUGCCCGGCCUUGGAAUAUGUCGUGUUGCAAAUUGGCACCAAAGUUUAUGGCGUGCACCUCCUAGCCGCACUCCCUUGGUUCGACGAAGUCGCUCCCCCAGGCACCACCGGGCCCAAACUCCCCCCUCCUCCACUCCAAGAAUCCUACCCCCGUAUACCUAGCCCGUACGCCGAGAUGCUGUUCUACCACGCACAAAACGAUUGGAUCACCGAGUAUGCCAAAGAUAGGAAGUGGAGCUGGAUUGAGACUCGCCCGGAUAUCAUAGUUGGCUACGUUCCAAACCAAAACGCAUACUCGUUAGGCACAACAAUGGGACUCUAUCUGAGCCUGUGGAAAGAAGUUCAUGGCGAGGGAGCGGAAUGCCCGUUUCCUGGCACAGAGGGAGUCUGGAAAGCUCUGAGCAAUGACAGCAGCAGUGACAUGAUAGCGCGCCAGACUAUCCACCUCACACUUUCUCCCGGCAACAAGAAGGGAGAAGCCUACAACAUCGCCGACUCCAAAACAUCUUCAAAUUGGGAGCAGAAGUGGCCUAUACUAUGUUCCUACUUUGGUCUCAAGGCCAGUGGGCCCGCCGACACUCCCAUCGAUAUACGCAAGUUUAUCAGCGAUAACAUGGAAACUUGGUUGAGCAUGGAGAAGAGAUAUGGUUUGCAAAGUGGACAUGUGGAUGGCGGCCGUGGCAUGCAGAUUGCCGAGGCAAUGCUCAUGACCAAGUUUGACUUUGAUAGGCACUUUGAUAUGAGCAAGAUGUAUGGAACGGGAUUUACGGAGGAGAGGGGGGCCAAAGAGUCGUGGGAAGGUGUGUUUGACAGGAUGAGGAAGGCGAAGAUUAUACCGUAG